UAAGAAGCUUUGACAAUAUCAUCCAUUCAAUAUGAAUCAUAUGAAAGUAAUCAUCUUGGCUCUCAUUGGAUGCCUGGCAUUCGCGUCGGCUCUUCCCCAGAUUGAGCGGGGCUCAAUAUAUGCACCCAGUGGAAGGUUUGCCAUGACCGAAAACUGGGCAGCUCCGCCAGUUGACCUGAGCCAAGCCAUUGUAAUCCUGCCAGUGGCAACACCCAUUACUGAAGCACCUCAAGAACCUAAACUCACAUCCCGCAAUUUGACUGGUUAA